CGGGACGAGAUUGUAAACUCGUUGAUUGUAAGAAACCAAAGCUACCAUACAUAGCUACCAUAGCUAGCUACCGAUAGAAAGAAGUGUGCUGGUUGGUGGUGCAUGCCAGAACAACACUGGUAUUGGAGAAGACAGUGGAGGGGAACUGUUACGGUCUGGUCUGUCCACCAAAAUUGGUCCUGCGAGCUGUUUUAACGAUACUAGUAACAUGUAGACCAAAGCCACCAUGUAUGUAAUCUCGGCGAAGAAUGUUCAUUUUUCGGCAGCCAACCCAAGCCAAGGCAAAUCCAACAACACAAGACAACAAUCUAUUCCAAUUCUGCUUUCUCCGCUUUGAAGUCUAGCAACUUCAGCCAAGAGAUAGCCACGAUGAAGCGUUCCCUUUUGCUUACGCUCUUCAAUUUUUUGCUUUUGCCGCCAUGUCCAUUGGCGUACAGUUUCAACACCUUGCGACCCCCUGAUAACAAAGGCGUUGGGCUGCCCAACAGUAAGAUCAGUGACGUCGCCUUGAAAGGUCGUGAUGGAACGGAUCGACCAGCGUCGUCCGGUGAUGAAUUCCUGCCAGGGUUCCCAGCUGAGUCGUCUGGUGAUGAGGUCAUGCCAGGGUUUCCAGCUGAGUCGUCUGGUGAUGAGUCCAUACCAGGGCUUCCACCCGAGUCAUCAUCAGGCGAUGAGAUCUUCCCUGUUCAAGCCCCAUCGGCAGACGAGUUUCCAGUGGAAAUGCCUUCUGCUGACGAAUUCCCCCCAAGCUUUCCUGCUGAAUUGCCUUCAGGUGAUGACAGCGUCGGAAUGAAACCAACAAGAGCUCCCACUUUGGCUGGUGAUUUGCCAACUCUCUUGACUUCUCUGCCCACGUUUUUCCAAACAUUGGAGCCAUCUGAAUCCACUCUCAGAUCUUGCCCCGUGUCAGAAGACUGCGUGAGGGAUGGGGGUGCGUCCGGUAGCAAUAUGUGCUUUCAGUUGCCUGACUCGACCUUCCAGUUGAACAUUUGCUGCCCAUUACAGUUCGUGGAGAGAGUCCUGGGAGAGACCCCCAGCUUCUGCGGAGAGUGUUCCAACAGAAUUGGUCCAACUGCUGCGCCUACCACGUUCGAAGAUAUAUGUUCACCGGUUGAGGAAUGUGGAGAAGAUCGAAUUGUUUUCUGCUUCGAUAUCCUGGGACUCACAAGCUCCGGUUGUGUUCGUUCUGAUACAGUGCCUGGCUUGAUCAACAACGGUGCUGGAGAGUGCGGGCCUUGUAACACAACUGCACCUGCUCCUACUGUCCUAACGGAAGGCCCUUCCGACAUCACAACGCCAACCACUGAACCCACACAAGACGACGGAAUUGCGAUGCCCUCGGAAUCUGCCAUGCCCGUUCCGCCGGGAGCACCACGCUCUUACCCUCUGUUGAGACGACAAAAAGCCCCACGCCUGGUACGGUUGGAACAACUGAACCCACAAUAGACGAUGGUCAAGCAACAAGCAGCCCUGUUGCUGCAGGAGAGCCUACAAGAAUGCCAACAGAUUCUACCCAAAGCCCUGUAGCAGCUGGCACACCAACCCAGUGUC